GGGACCUGAAUUUGGAGAAACGGGGUUUUCGGGGUUGGGUGCACCUGAUGACUCCACUGCAUUUAUCUCAUCGAGUGACAACACCAGGAACAGCUCCCUCGCGACGUUUCAUCAUUCCAUGACAUCAGAACAAGCAUAAAUAUCACACACUUUACGCACCCAAAUCAUACUACGCUAUCAUGGUCCUCCUCACAGUGACCUCUUCCAUCUUGGAAGCUCUACAAAGAGUUCCAGAUGGCCCAAGUAAACUACAGCGAGAUGGCGAGCCGUCAUUAACCGAUGUCGACAUUGGUUCACCCAUCUCACAUGGUCAAAUCAUGGAUUUGCGAAAUCUACUCAAAGCCGCCGGUCACCAUAAAGAGUACAGCCUGGAGGUAUUGUUGAGAGGUUCCAGGGUUUAUGUGCCUCCACCACCGCCGAAGCCUGAGCCGUCCGAUGAAUACAAAGAAUUGAUGGCCAGACUUCGCCGUGAAGAAGAGGAACGCGUCUAUGAACGCAUGAUCAACCCCGUUCCACCCAUGGAGACCUUCUCGCAACGAUUCCCUUCAAGCACGGGCAUGGCUCGGGCAUUCGCCGAAGCCAACAGACCUACACGGAAGGAAGACAUGGGCGACGAUGAUGUGACGUAUGACGAGGUGCACCGCCAACUAAUGCUCAUCUUCAACUUCAUGGUCACCAUUCUAGGCGUGGCAGCUACUCUUUGGAUCUUGGCGCGUUGGUGGAGCACUCCGGCUAGAAUUUUCCUCACCAUGGGAGGCAGUAUCAUCGCAGGUGUUGCUGAAGUAGCUCUGUACUCGGGAUACGUGUGGCAUCUCGGCCAGGCGAAGAAGAAGGACAAGACUUUCAAGGAGGUCAAGGAAGUGGUGCAGACGUGGGUUGUUGGACCAGAAGACAAAGAGGCAGCAGACAAGCUGAUUGCCAUCAAUAAUAAGGAGUCUGCGGCCGAGGACACAAAUCUAAGAAGACGCAAAAAGUAGCUGUAGAUUGAGUUCUAGCUCCAGUCGAUAGAUUCAAUCCGUUCAUCUAUUAGUGGAG